UCAAUCACUUGGGCUGCUGGCAAUUCGUGUUUUAUAUGUACGGGAACGCUUGUGCACUCGCGCAUCCUCGUGUUGGUCUGUUUUAGGUGUUUUUGGAUUUUGGUUUCUUUUGUUCGCUUAUAGGAUAUCGCGAAAUCAUGAAAGAGAGAAGAAACGCACAGCCACUGGUGGUCAGAUGUAAACUGGUGCUGGUUGGGGAUGUUCAAUGCGGGAAAACUGCGAUGUUACAGGUUUUGGCAAAGGAUUGUUAUCCAGAGACGUAUGUUCCCACAGUAUUUGAGAACUACACAGCCUGUCUGGAGCUCGAUGACCAGCGUGUUGAAUUGAGUUUAUGGGACACAUCAGGAUCUCCAUACUAUGAUAAUGUGAGACCCCUCUGCUACAGUGACUCUGAUGCAGUGCUCCUUUGUUUUGACAUCAGUCGCCCAGAUAUCUUUGACAGUGGACUUAAGAAGUGGAGGGCUGAGAUCCUCGACUUUUGCCCCAGUACUCGUAUUCUCCUUGUUGGCUGCAAGACGGACCUUCGGACAGAUGUCUGCACACUGAUGGAGCUGUCCAAUCAGAAACAAACACCCAUUACUCAUGAGCAGGGCUCUGCCAUGGCCAAACAGUUGGGAGCUGAGGCUUAUCUGGAGUGUUCAGCCUUCACCUCUGAGAAGAGCAUCCACAGCGUGUUCCGCACAGCUGCGCUGGCUUGCACAAACAAGCUACAGCUGCUCGCCAAACCCAGUCCGACCCGCCGGCUGUCCAAACGCCUGCUUCACCUGCCCAGCAAGUCCGAGCUCCUCUCCUCCACCUUCAAGAAGGAGAAGGCCAAGAGCUGCUCCGUAAUGUGAACGCUACACCAUUCCCUGUGAUUUGGUCUGGGGAAGGGGGGUGGGUUCUGAUUGCCACAUCACUGACGUGUGGAAUCCUUCCUCACCCCCCAAAGAAACACCUUUCAGAACAAGUGGACACCUCGCUGUCCUCCUUGUCCUGAGCUCUUCAACAGUGCAUAUGUAUUUUCAGUUUACUUUUAAACAAGAUUCGAUCAUCAGCCUCAUCUAUUCACUCCUUGUUAUCAA